CUCUGUCUCGACCCGGGGCGGGGCCAGCCCCGGAGGCCAGACGUGGCGCAGCGGCCGCGCGGUUCGCGUCCCGCCUGCGGAUAUCCCGCCGGGUCUCGAUGGGCCCCCUGCAGCCUCCAGCGCUGCUGCUGCUGCUUCUCGCGGCGCUCGCGGUCCCCGCCGCGGCCGCCAUCACCACCACCUUCCGGCCCGACUGGAAUCGUCUGCGCGGCCUGGCCCGGGCCCGGGUAGAGACCUGCGGGGGAUGACAGCUGAACCGCCUGAAGGAGGUGAAGGCCUUCGUCACCGAGGACAUCCCACUCUACCACAACCUGGUGAUGAAGCACCUCCCGGGGGCCGACCCGGAGCUCGUGCUCCUGGGCCACCGCUACGAAGAGCUGGAGCGCAUCCCACUGAGCGACAUGACCCGCGAGGAGAUCAACGCGCUGGUGCAGGAGCUCGGCUUCUACCGCAAGGCGGCGCCCGACGUGCCCGUGCCCCCCGAGUACCUGCGGGCGCCCGCUAGGCCCGCCGAGGACGACCCGGACCGCGCCGACCUGUAGGACCCCCGGGGCGAAGCGGAGGUGUGGAGGCCACCCUGCCCGAGACCCGGGGACAAAAUGAAGCUCUCAGCGUCCCGGGAGUAUCUUCUUCGCUGAGGGCCGACGCCCCGUCCCAGGGCCGGCUUGGGUGAGGUUGGGGUGGCGGGGUUCCUCUCCAACCCCCCUUCUUCCCUCCCUAGCUUCCACUAAAUCCUCUUUCGCUUUAA